ACAAGGUACUAGAACAGGUCAGGUCAUGUCAGGUCAACCCUUCCAGCCAAGCAGACAAAGAAGACAGACGGUGAAGUGGCGGUCAUGCAGUCUCUUCGAGCAGAUCGUUUGCGGAGAAUCGGAGACUCAAGAAGCGCAUUUUAAAGACCAGAGACUUAAACUAGGGGACCGCCGCAAAAUAGCCUCUUGGAUUGCUGGAACAUUAACGUUAUAUUCGUAUAAAACUUUACAGAGGCUGUCAGGAAAAAAUUCUAUCGUCACUAUGGCUGCAAUGCCUUUUCAAGACUGUUCCAAGAAUGACUAUACUACAUGUAUUACUACCUCAUCCAUGGAAAUUUCUACGUCAGCUGACAGAAGUGACCAAGCAGGCAAAGACAGUGGACAUGGUACUUGUGAGAGGCAGAAAGACAGCAGUACCCACCUGCCAUCAGAACCAGACCAUGAUUCUUUCAUGCUGCUGGAAUGUGAGGACCACGGCCCUCUCCCUAUCCCAACAAGACCACGCUUUAAACCUCCAUCAGGCAGUGUCAAGAAGGCAGAAACAACAAGUACAUGUACCAGCAAGGUGUUAGAGAGCCAGGAAGAGCCAUCUGGAGUGUCCAUAGGAAAAGAUUCUUCAGAUAUCACUCAGUCCAAACCUCCUAGUCCUCCUAGGAGGGAGAUGCUAAGAAGAAAGGUUAAGACAACUGCAGUCAUUCUAUCUACUUCUUUAAAAAAGCAAACUCUGUCCACAACCAAGACAACUCAUGUAGCUAAAAGCUCUCAACGUAACAGGAUUGGGAAAAAAAAGACUCGACAGACUAGGGAAGCUCUGCAGCCUUCUAUGAUAAGAAAAGUGCAGGAGACAAGAAAAAAGAAAAAGAAGCGAGAACAUGAAGGUACAGAAAUUUCUGUUGAUGAUGGCAAGUUGGGUGAACCUGUUCACAAGAAGCCAAAGAGACAGUCUAGUCAACAAAGGCAUAAAGUUACAAACAAACAAGGAAGGCAGAAGACAGUACCAGUGCAAAAGCCAAGAGGAAAACAUGCUGUGAAGAAGAAAUCUGUGCAGUCAGAGACAAAUAUAAGUGGCAGUGCUGGGGAUAAAGAAGCCUCAAGUACCAAGAAAAUGUCAAAAAGAGAGCCGGAAGAAAGUUACAGUGAAAAAAGUGUUGGUUUGAGGAGGAGUGUCAGAAAGAAGGAGAUACCUGUAUACAACAUUGAUGCAAGUUCACCUGACUCAGACUCGGGUGGUAACAGGAUUGACCUUAAGUACAAACGUGGUGGUCCCAGCAAGAGAAGAAUGAAGGCGAGUGUGUCUGACCAGUCCUUUUCUGGCAACAGUUCUGACGAGAUUGGCUCAGGCAGUGAUUGGGACAGCGAUGCGAAGGAACCAGCUAAAUCUGGCCCCAAGAAAGAUGAGGUGAAGAAGAAGAAGAGGAAGCAGGGAAGCCAAGUCCAAAUGCACAAAUGUGAUCACUGCAGUUUUGUUUCUACCCUUGAGAUACAGUACAUCGCCCACCUCAGUCGAGACCAUGGGCUCGCUGUGGAGAAGUGGAAACCACGAAAGCCGCGUGGGAGCCGGAAGCAGCACAAGUGUCCGCAAUGUAGCUACACCAGCGAGAAAAGCCAUGUCAUAUACAACCACACUGUCACUGUCCACAAGGGUGGUGCAGUCUGCGUGAGAUGCAGUUUCACUGGAAACAGCCUGGGGGAGAUGCUGAAACACGAGGAUGAGAUGCACCCUCGCUGCAAGUUUCCAAGGUGCAGGUUCUCUACAGAUGAUCCCAAAGAACUUGCAGAACACAUGAAAUUGCACAUACCUGAUGGGAGCUUUAAGUGUCCAGACUGCAAUCAAGUGUUCCGACAUAAAAGAGAGUAUAUUCGCCAUGCAUGGAAAGCACACAGGCGUAAAACAGUAGAAGCACAAAGUUAUAAACCAGCUAAGAAGCCUGCUAAGAGACCUGGCGUGAUUGGCUUCAAGGAAAAAACUUACCAGUGUGAUAAGUGUGACUAUCAAGCUUCUCGACUUUCACAUGUAAAGACACAUAUUCUCUGUAAACAUACCAAGAGGGAAGAACUGAAGCAUGGCUGUACCAUUUGCGAUUAUCGUUGCCCCUUUCCGAGCUGGGUCAAAACGCACAUGCAGCAAAAACACCCAGAUGAAGCUGAAGGGACAUGGAAGUAUAAAGGUGCAAUUUACGAGUGUGAGGAGUGUGAAUACACAGCCAAAACCAAGUACUGUUUACAGCUUCACCGAAUUACAAAACAUGGACUGGGAGAGGGUUCGUUGAAGUGUGAACUCUGUGACUUCCAAACCAUGCUGAAGACUCAUCUAGCAAAGCACAUGAAAAGCGAUCACAACAUUGAGCUCCUGCGAUGUUCGUUCUGUCGGUACUUCUGGGGAAGUAGGGAAGACAUGGAGACCCAUCUUCAGACCUGUAAGUACAAAGGAGAGUUCCAGUGUGAGGAGUGCAGUUUUGUCGCUACCUCAAAACUCAAGGUCAUGUCUCAUAUGAAAAGGAAUCAUGGGAAAGGGACAUCGCACGAGCUGUGCCACCACUGUGGUAAAAUCUUCUAUGGAGCAUAUAAGUUGAAGCAGCACCUGAUGAGCCACCUGCCGAGUAAACCCUUCAAGUGUCCGUACGAGUCCUGCAAGUUUGAAACCAUCUACAAGGCGAACAUGCCCGCACACCUGCUGAUACACUCGGGUGACAAACCCUACAAAUGUGAUUUGUGUUCAUAUCAAUCUGUACAGAAGAGCAACUUGAAUACCCACAUGAAGAAACACUAUGGAGGCAGGAAGACAAGAACAAGGGGGCGAGCCGUCAGCACAGGGAGAAGGAAGAGGGACAGAAAGGAGACACUACAAGCCUACAUGACAUUAGAAAACGAUACUGAAGAGGAAGUGACGACUGCCACAGGCCACCAGAUUGAAUCAGAGAAUGUUGAGCAGUUGACUGACACACCUUCCACAGAGAGGGAGGGAUGGGAGGGAAUGGUGGAGAGAGAGACAGGUAGUUCUGAUGAUGGCAGAGAAGAUGAAAGUGAAACAUCUGAAGAUUAGUGUAAGGAAACAAUGGGCACAUCAGCAACAGCUGAGGACAGAUAGGUGCAGGUUCAUGUGCUAUUGGUUUUCAUGACAACUGUAAUGACAAAGAGAGGGAGGAGGUAGCAGAGGACAACUGAGGCUGGGAUGAAAGACAUUAGAAUGGACACCUCUGUUUAAGCAAACCUGGAGAAGUAGAGGAAGGUUACUGAGACGACACAGUAUCCCAGAAACAGUGAAGGGAACACCUGGUAAAAGACUUGUAUAGAUGGUGUCUUGUACAUAAAUGUAUCCAUUGUAUGUGGUUUGCAAUUUGCCAUCCUGAGUGGUGAUGGGCACACCUUAGUAUUUUUAGCCACCAUUGCUAAUAUUAAUAAUGCAUACAUUUAAUAUGUAGACUUGGAAUGCUGGCACUAGAUUGUCAGACUAGACUAGACUAGACUAGACUAGCAUAAUAGAUAUGUGCAACUCUUUCAUAUCUAAGAACAUGUAGCAAAUACUGAUGUUAACAAUACCAAUGACAGAAGUUGAAGUGUAUACAUUAAAUGUUGACUUUAUUUCUUAGAGUAAAUAUAGAAAUUAUGUUUCUUACUUUCUAUAUAUUUCCUUUAUGUGGAGUGCUUACUACAAGUAGUACAUUACACAACUAAUACUUUUUUUCAAUACUGCAUAUAAGUUGUUACUCAAUAUUUUACUUUGUGGUUUGGAUUUAUUUAUUGUAGGUUUUAAUAUCAUACACUUUUACUGCCAAAAAUUCUCUAGAAGGCUGUGACAGAACCAACCAUGGACAAAGAUCAUAGGCAGUAGAAUGUUGUAGGGCACAUGCAUUUACCAUCCCAAGAAAGCUCUCAGUUUGCAAUGGACGUUAUAUACAUUUUUGCCUGUAUCUAGAAUAAAGUUAUAAGUUUUUGUAGAAGCAGAAUUACAAUUAAAAGAUACUAGUACAUCACUAUCAU